CGCGCCGCGCCGCGCCGCGCUGGGGCUGACCACUCGCGUUCUGCCUGAGGAGGCGCAGCCGUCGGCACUGCAGCCACAGCGGAGCUGAUACUGCUCCGAGCCAGCCGCCGGGAGUGGGGCGGCGGCUUCAGUACUCUUAAAGGAGUGAUUUGAACUCUGACCACUCUAUGGACACAACACUCACUACAUUAAAUCGCAAACAUGAAUGUUGGAGUUGCCCACAGUGAGGUGAAUCCAAAUACCCGUGUAAUGAACAGCCGGGGUAUGUGGCUGACAUAUGCUUUGGGAGUUGGCUUGCUUCAUAUCGUUUUACUCAGUAUUCCCUUCUUCAGUGUUCCUGUUGCCUGGACCUUAACAAAUGUUAUACAUAAUCUGGGGAUGUAUGUAUUUUUGCAUGCAGUAAAAGGAACACCAUUUGAAACUCCUGACCAGGGUAAAGCGAGGCUCCUAACUCAUUGGGAACAACUGGACUAUGGAGUACAGUUUACAUCUUCACGGAAGUUUUUCACAAUUUCUCCAAUAAUUCUAUAUUUUCUGGCAAGUUUCUAUACGAAGUAUGAUCCAACUCACUUCAUCUUAAACACAGCUUCUCUUCUGAGUGUGCUAAUUCCCAAAAUGCCACAGCUACAUGGUGUUCGGAUCUUUGGAAUUAAUAAGUAUUGAAAUGUGUUUUGAAACAACAAAAAUUUUUACAGCUACUGAGUUUUCUGUAAGGAAGGAAUGGUUACUAAACUGCACUGUUUCUGUGAUAAUGUGAAAUGAGAGGUAGCUACAUUGGAGAGCCAAUUGCUGGUUCUUCAUAUUGCUGUUUUGAAGUGCAGAUUCUUAUGAGAAGAUGCCUUUGUUAAAUGCAUCUGGUAUCCUUCUGUAGAGAGGCUUCAGAGGCAGGCUGGGCAGGCCCAGCUUAUAAGUUAAAUGGCUAUAAAGUAAAGGUGUAGUAGAUAAAUCCAAGGAAAUAAGAGAUUUAUAAGAAACUAAGUCCAGCUUAGCUUAUAAUGAAUGGGCAUUAUGUUAAGAGAAGAAAAUGUUUAAUCAUUCAGUCAUGGUCAGUUUAAGCAGAGUUACAUGUAAACCAGAAUCAUUUCUUUGCAAGUUUAUUAUAGAUUGUUUUUAUUACCAUGCAUAUUCCUUUUGUGUUAUAUAAGAGGAUAUAUAUCCUCUUGUUUUAUACAAACCAAUUCCUACCUUAUGAAUGUACUUUUUUGGUUUUGCAGGCUCAACAUUGUGUUUAGAUGAGUUCAUUUUUACAUUUAUUAAGUUACUGAGUUCAUGAAGGUCCACCUUCACGACUGAUUGAUGAUAGAAGAUAGUUAGGCACCUUAGAAGCAGCCUCUGAGUCGGCCUUCUAAUUUUGGAACAAAGUGGGUUUUGCUGCCUUUCCAGAUACAAGGCUGCUAACCUAAUUAAGAAAAUAAUUUAUUUCUCGUAAUUAAAGUAUAUGGUAGCUUAAAGGUCUGCUGAUUUGGUUGAGCAAUCUAAUUGUUGAAGUCUGCCAUUCUUUAGCGAUGGAAAUUUAAAAUGGACAACUACAUAGCCAACCUGUGAUCUGGCAGAAACUGCUUCUCUAGCAAUACUAUCAGAGUAAAUAAUGGAGUCUUUUUUUAGCAGGUCUGCAGUAAAAGAUAUCUUUUCUUAGUCAUCCUGCUCUCAAUCUCCAUACUUUGCCCAUUAACAUUUUGCCUGUCAAUACAUGAGUCUUAGUAUAGAUAACUCAGAAUGGUAACUAUUUCCAAAGCAGCAACCGUAUAUACUGAAUCCUUGUGACUUAAGAGAAGCUUUCUAUAGUUGCUGACGUUAAUUGCAAGAAAUAACUAUAUUCUACUUUGAGAAAUAAACAUGUCAAAAAAAGUAUAUGUGGCGAAACUGAAAAACCUAGUAACAUUUGUAAGCAAAAUUGAGUGAAAAGAAUUAUAAUACCAACUUAAAAAUCAAUUUGUUUCAAACUGACUUUUGGGGGUAAUGAUCAUUGUUUUGUAUUUCAAAAGUAUUGAGUUUAGAAAUCAGUUGUAUGAUAAUGCUUUUGUAUGUUUGUCUUUUCUCAUGUAUUUUUAAAUAACCAGUAAUCUGUACUUUAAUAAAUUUUUCUUUGGUGUAAGGUUA